AUGUCUUCCGCCGUCUUCACCAGCGACCGGGACAUCGAGAAGGGGUCGAACUCGACCGUCUCGCCCGGCAACGCCUCGACCUCCGCCAUGCCGUAUGUGCCCACGAAGCUGGCCAGCGCCAACCCCCUGGGCCUGCUGGCCUUCGCCACCAGUCUGUUCAUGUUGUCGCUGUUCGGGCUCAAGCCCCGCGGUAUCGAAACCAACAACAUCAUCAUUGCCAACAUGAUCUUCCUCGGCGGCGUCGCCCAGGUCAUUGCCGGGAUCAUCGACUUCGUUGCCGGCAACGCCUUCGGUGCCACCGUCUUCAGCGCCUACGGUGCCUUCAACCUGGCCUACUCCCUGAUCUUCCUCCCCGGCAGCGGCAUCCUCGCGUCCUACGCCGACGGCAACGGCGGCCUCAAGCCCGAGUUCGAGCAGGCCGUCGCCCUCUUCGUCUGGCAGUGGUUCAUCAUCACCGUCAUCUUCACCAUCGGCGCCAUCCGCAGCAACUACGUUUUGCUCAGUGUCCUGUCCCUUGCCGAUGUCACGCUCAUCCUCAUCGCCACCGGCAACAUGACGGGCAACGAGAAUAUCCUCAGGGCUUCGUCCGGCUUCGGUUUCGCUUCUGCCAUCAUGUCCUACUACGCUGCCGCUGCCUACUUGUACGUCGACGGGACGACUCCGUUCGAGCUGCCCCUCUUCCCCAUCAAGAGGGAUUAG